AUGCAGCUACAGCCUGGAUGGUCGGGAGUAUUUGUAACAUGUGCACGUACACAUGAACGCCGUGCAGCAAAAGAAGUGAUUUAUUUAUUUAAUGAGUACUUAGAAAAACAUAUAGAAAAUAAUGAACCAAACAGUCCUUUAAGUGCUCCAAAUCUUACUGAUAAUGUAAAAAGCUCAAUCUGUUGGGAAGAGAGAGUAGCAGAAGAAUUGGCAGAAUUACGGAAAAAACAUUAUAAUAAACUACAAGUAAUUGAUGUAAAAACACCAUGUGUGGUUUUUAUAAGAACCAAAUGGCCUUUAGACCCAGUUGAAAUUGUUCAAGAUCUUUGUGAAAAAAUACUUUUGAAUCAAAUAAAACGUAUCCGAUGGUCUCAACGAUUGACGCCUGUCACAUUAACAGCAUGUGCAACACUUCCCGAUCUUCAAAAAUUAGCACAAAAGUUUGCUAUCCGACCAAAUCUCCGAAACCAUACAAAAAUAACAAGAGAAGAUAUUAUCAAGACAAUUGUUCCCAUUGUGAGUACUCGACAUAAAGUGGAUUUGAAAAACUAUGAUUUUUUGAUUAUGGUCGAAGUUUUUAAGGGGAUUUGCGGUAUAAGUGUUGUGCGUGACUUUGAAAGAUUUAAAAAAUUAAAUGUUGCAUCUAUUAUGGAGUCAACUGUCAAAAAAAUAUGA